AUGAAUUCUCUAUACGAUUUACAAGAUACUAUUCAAUUACAAUAUUGCUAUCCGUUUUCAAUUUCGUCGUCAGUGGCGGGACGCGACCCCAUAGGGUCCUCAUCAGAGUCGGCGUUACCAUAUUGUAGAUCCCGCGCAGACUCAGUUUCUAACUCUUUCUUCAGCUCGUUCAUGUGA